AUGAAAAAUAUACGUCUUAUAUUAAUUUUUUUACACAUUUUAAUUAUAAUUUGUGCUACAAUUAAUUUACAUCCUCAUUUAACUCGUGUUGCCAAGGCAUCAGAUCAUAAAAAACAAAUGUCAGCUAUUCUUGGUUAUGUUAUUAAUUUAAUUUAUAUUUCACUCUAUCAUACGGCGAGUAUUUUAGUAGUAUGGUUUAGUCGUUAUGAUGCUGGUAUAGUACGAGCAAGUGGAAUUUUAUUAAUUGGUGAACUAUUACAAAUUAUUGAAUUGUCUAUUCAAUAUACAUUGGAGAAAAAGCAUAUUGGGGGUGGUGAACGUUUUUUUAUUGUAAUAUUUGGUUUGUUGUUAUUAACAACAAUAUUGAUUACAUUUCGAUUAGCAAAAAACAUUUCCAAGCAUCGAAAUAAUUUGCUGCACUUGAAAUUACUUGAUGAUUCUGUAAGUGGCAUAUCGAUGAAUAAUGAAAAUGAACCUACACUUGUUUAA